CGUUCGAGAAUGAUUAUUUUGAAAAGUUUUUUUUCCUGAUUUUCCUGUUUACUUUUGUUUUACAAACACAGACUUGUUUUUAUUUGACAGCUGAGGUGAAAAUGUACAUAAUGGAUUACGAAUACGCCUAAAAGAAUAAUAUUCGUCCUUAUUUAGUUCAAAAACUCAUUGUCUUGACUUGAUAUGGUUCGGACAGUGCAUUUCGUCUACUAGUUUUAACAUUCAGGGCAGAUCAUUCAUAAAAUAAUAUGAUAUGUUGUUUGCCUCACAGAGCAAAAAGAACUAAAAUGACAAUUUUUCAGUAUAGCAGAUAUGUUAUAAAAGCAAUGGAUAUAUUUUAUGAGUAGAUAAAACAAAAGUCAGAGAAGAGAUCAGAUGAUAUAAUAAUUGUAGAAUGAUUCUACAGAGCAUGAUUUCAGACUUAGUGUUGAGAUUUCAGAAAAUGGGGAAAUAUGAAAAAGUUUCGUUAGUUCUAUUGUUUCCAGCAAAUGUGAUGUAUACAAUUGCAGCGUCAACCCACUUCUGGUUUGAACUCCCAGGUGUUGCCUGGUAUGGAUUAUUUUAUGCCAAAUUCUGUGACCUCCUGGAUGAAUGUCAUUAUGUGCCAGCCUUCUUCACAAAUGAGCCAGGGUUUUAUCACCUACUGCAACUAGUUUGUGUGUCUGCUUGGGCUUGUCUUGCUUUGUCAUUCUACAUGCUCAUUUCUGACAGCAUGGACUCAAGAAUUCCAAGAAUACUCAGAAAAAAUAGAAAUAAUACAAUUGCAUUUCUUUGUUUUGCCUCAGCAUUUGCCAUGUCAGGAGGCCUUUAUUUAUUCUAUUACAUCAUCAAUGAAUUUCCUCGAGAAGUUGACAAAUAUCCAGAGAUGAAGUGGGCUUCCAUGUUUGCCAGUCUAGCCUGUGGUUUGGAGUUCCUUGCAGGACUUCUUCUUCUUCAUGCAUCCUGAUAUACACUGGUGAUACAGACAUUUGUUAUUCCAUAUUUAUUAAGUGGGUAACAAUAGAAAGAAAGGAUAUUACAAAGACACUACAGUGUGAAAAUAAAACCAGCUUUAACAUCUUGGUGCAACUUACCUUGAGUUGGGACGACUAAAAGGUGUUUUUGUGCCAGGUAAAGGAAAUCUUCACUUUUGUAAAGAGGUUUACUGUUCAAAGUGUUAUUAACAGAGGUUCAACUGUAUAGCACAAAGAUGUGAUUAAAAUCAGGUGUCUGCUUUGAGAUGAUAAUGUUGUUGGAAGGACUGAUAUCAAAAUGUGCCAGUUGAUGUCUGAGGAGACUAUAUGAUAAAAACAUGCUCACAGUUGUCUUCAUGUUGUUUCUUCUGUUUGUUUUGUUGUAAUUACUUGCUUAUUUAUUUUUGGAGGUUAAGUUGAACAGUUUGUCAAUAUUAUAUUGUUGUUUUUUUAUGCCCCCGAAGGGAGGCAUAUAGUUUUUAGCUCAUCUGAUUUUUUGAAAAAAAAUGAUGAGUUAUUGUCAUCACUUGAGCGGUUGUCGGCGUCGGCGUCGGUGUCGGCGUCGGCGUCUGCGUCGGCGUUGCCUGGUUAAGUUUUAUGUUUAGGUCACCUUUUCUCCUAAACUAUCAAAGCUAUUGCUUUGAAACUUGGAAUACUUGUUCACCAUCAUAAGCUGACCCUGUAUAGCAAGAAACAUAACUCCAUCUUGCUUUUUGCAAGAUUUAUGGCCCCUUUUGUACUUAGAAAAUAUCAGAUUUCUUGGUUAAGUUUUAUGUUUAGGUCAACUUUUCUCCUAAACUAUCAAAGCUAUUGCUUUGAAACUUGGAAUACUUGUUCACCAUCAUAAGCAGACCCUGUACAUCAAGAAACAUAACUCCAUUUUGCUUUUUGCAAGAUUUAUUGCCCCUUUUGGACUUAGAAAAUCAGUAUUCUUGGUUAAGUUUUAUGUUUAGGUCAGCUUUUAUCCUAAACUAUCAAAGCUAUUGCUUUAAAACUUGCAACACUUGUUCACCAUCAUAAGUUGACCCUGUACAGCAAGAAACAUAACUCCAUCCUGCUUUUUGCAAGAUUUAUGGCCCCUUUUGGACUUAGAAAAUAUCAGAUUUCUUGGUUAAGUUUUAUGUUUAGGUCAACUUUUUCUCUUAAACUAUCAAAGCUAUUGCUUUGAAACUUGCAACACUUGUUGACCAUCAUAAGUUGACCCUGUACAGCAAGCAACAUAACUACAUCCUGCUUUUUGCAAUAAUUAUUGCCCUUUUUGGACUUAGAAAAUAAUUUUCUUGGUUGAGUAUUAUGUUUAAGUCAACUUUUCUCAUAAACUAUCAAAGCUAUUGCUUUAAAACUUGCAACAGUUUUUCACCAUCAUAAGUGGACACUGAACAUCAAGAAACAUAACUCUAACCUGCUUUUUGCAAGAAUGAUGGCCCUUUUUAGACUUAGAAAUCAUGGGUAGGACAAUAUUUCUAUUACACAAAAAAAAUCAGAUGAGCGUCAGCACCCGCAAGGCGGUGCUCUUGUUUAACCGUCUGUCGGUCUGUCCAAAAUUUUCGUGUCCGGUCCAUAUCUUUGUCAUCCAUGGAUGGAUUUUCAAAUAACUUGGCUUGAAUGUGUACCACAGUAAGACAACUUGUUGCGCGCAAGACCCAGGUCCGUAGCUCAAAGGUCAAUGUCACACUUAGACGUUAAAGGUCCUUUUUCAUGAUAGUGCAUUGAUGGGCGUGUCCGGUCCAUAUCUUUGUCAUCCAUGGAUGGAUUUUCAAGUAACUACGCAUAAAUAUGUGGCACAGUAAGACGACGUGUCGCGCGCAGGACCCAGGUCUGCAGCUCAAAGGUCAAGGUCACACUUAGACGUUAAAGGUCAUAUUUCAUGAUAGUGCAUUGAUGGGCGUGUCCGGUCCAUAUCUUUGUCAUUCAUGCAUGGAUUUUAAAAUUAUUGGGCAUGAAUGUGUACCACAGUAAGACGACAUGUCGCGCGCAAGACCCAGGUCCGUAGCUCAAAAGUCAAGGUCACAGACGUUAAAGGUCAUAUUUCAUGAUAGUGCAAUGAUGGGCAUGUCCGGUCCAUAUCUUUGUCAUUCAUGCAUGGAUUUUAAAAUAACUAGGCAUGAAUGUGUGGCACAGUAAGACGACGUGUCACGCGCAAGACCCAGGUCCGUAGGUCAAAGGUCCUAAACUCUAACAUCAGCCAUAACUAUUCAUUCAAAGUGCCAUCGGGGGCAUGUGUCAUCCUAUGGAGACAGCUCUUGUUUCAAAGUGUUCUGAUUAGCUCUGUGCUUAAAUACAUGUACAAAAGUAUAAAACUUUAAUCCCCAUAGCCAUAAGACAUAAUAGUUCCUGUAAGAGGCCAAAAAUGAAAGUUGUGAAAAAGUAAAAUGUUUACAAUACCAGACUUACCUAAUUUGUUUGACUAGUCGAUUUUGUUUUGGGGUAGGCCCACAACCACAAAAGUCAUGAACUAUUUCAUUCUUCUACUCUGAUCUCAAGUUUCUUUAUAAAUCUUCCUGUAAAUAUAUAUGUAAAGAAAUCUACCACUUCUACAAGUUACCACGGGAGCAUGAGAUUUAUAGUUUUUGUAUAUUUCUCACACCAAGUGUGGGAUAACAAUAUCUAUGACUAGAGGCUUGGUACUUGGUUGGUAGAUUUAUUUUCUCUUUGUUCUUAUUGCUGUUACUUAUAUGAUUUUAUGUAAAAAAUUGAGCAUUUGCAAAAUAUUAUUUAAAUAUUCUAGUCUGUGACUGAUGUGAGACAAGUGAUAUGAGAUAAUAUUGUCUAACAGAUACUUUAUUGGAUAGAAUAGAAAAAAUACACGUUAAGAAAAAAAUAUGUUGUUAGUACCUGGAAAUAUAAAAGAGUAAAAGUCAGAAAUGCACAAAUUUAAGUUAAUGUUUAUCAAAUAUUUCAGUUAGGAUCAGUUUUUUUUAGGGUAUAUCAGUUUAGACAAGUUUUAUAUUAAUUUUUUAUUUGCACUGUAAGAUUCUAAGAUUUCAGAAGCCCAGCUGGCUACCAGCUAUAAAAGGCUUUUAGUGCAGACUUUACUAUCCAGCUGGCUACCAGCUAUAAAAGGCUUUUAGUGCAGACUUUACUACCCAGCUGGCUACCAGCUAUUAAAGGCUUUUAGUGCAGACUUUACUACAUGUACCCAGCUGGCUACCAGCUAUAAAAGGCUUUUAGUGCAGACUUUACUACCCAGCUGGCUACCAGCUAUAUAAGGCUUUUAGUGCAGACUUUACUACCCAGCUGGCUACCAGCUAUAAAAGGCUUUUAGUGCAGACUUUACUACCCUGUAUCUUCAGCAGUUUGCUUUGAAAAUGUAAGAUGUUAUACUUACAGUUUGUUGAUAACAGAAUGUGUUUUUGUGAAAUCUUUGUUUUUCUUGUUAGAGAACAUGUAUUUUGACAUCAGAUUCUGUAAGCAUAAUUGAAGUAUGCCACAAUGAUAUACCUGUAUGUAGAACAGUACUGUUUUAUUUCUUUGGAAUGUUUUGAUUCUAAGAGUUUGUCUUUCUGCAGAGUAUGAAAGUAGAACUUUCUGAAUGAGAAAUGACUGACAUCUCAGUCUCCAGAACUUCAGAGAUUAAUCAGAGUUAUUGUAGAUAAAAUGAAUCCUUUAUCUUCUUUCAGAUUUAUGUGCAAUACUGGAACUAUUUUUUCUCUCUCAUUUAUAUUUUGUAUGAGUGAGUGCCAUUAAUCUUACUGUAUGUAUAAAUUAGGAAACUAUAGUCGUGACAAAACCAGGAAUUAAAAUUUUAUUAAUUCGGCACGAGUAUUACUUCGGAAGUCUUUCUAAUUAAUGUAUACAAAUUCAGUAUUUAAUUUUGAUACUUGAAUUUUUUUGUGAAUCUGAUAUGAUAUAGUUGUAAUAUAUUUUGUUACAUAGAACAUAUGUAUUUAUAUGAUUACAGAACAAGUUUAUAAUACCAACAAAUGAAUGAGAUUAUAGCAACAGGGAUGGAGCCACAACUUCUGCCAACAUUAGUAAAUGUCCGUUCUUUAUAUCAGAUAUAUGAAGGGGGUGGGGUAAAAUUGUACUGAUGCAGAUGCCAUAUCUUUUUAAAAUUUCAAAUAUAAAUUUUAUAUGUGGUAUGUAAUUUAAUCCAUUUAUAUACAUCAUUUUUUAGCUCGACUUUUCGAAUAAAAGCAUUGCCGACGCCGUCACCGUUGGUUUAAGUUUUUGAUGAAGUCAAAUAUCUCUGUUACUGUCAAAGCUAUUGACUUGAAACUUAAAAUUGCUAUUUACUAUCAAAGUCUACACAAGGAGAAACAGUCCACAUAACUCUGAUUUGAAUUUUGACAGAGUUAUGCCCCUUUUUAACUUAAAUUUUUUUUGUUAAAGUUUUUGAUAAAGUCAAAUAUCUGUGUUACUAUCAAAGCUUUUGACUUGAAACUUAAACUAGUUAUUUACUAUCAAAGUCUACACCAGGAGAAACAAUCCCCAUAACUGUUUGAAUUUUGACAGAGUUAUGCCCCUUUUUAACUUAGAAUUUUUUGGUACAAGUUUUAUAAAGUUUUUACUGGCAAAGCUCUAAUUCAGGGUUAAGCACUGAGAAAAGUCGAGUGUGCUGUCUAACGGACAGCUCUUGUUAAAUUUCUUACUGAUCAGACAAUAUGUUUGCAAGCUACAUUCUUUAAAGUCAUUUUCCAUUUGGCAUUUAGGUGCUGCAAGAGUUAUGUACAAAAGUCAUAUUUACAAUGCACAGCUUAAGUCAUCAGCCCACAUAGCGCAAUUAGGAGAGCACAGAUCUAUCAAUAUGGUGAGUUUGAUCUCUAGGAGGUACAAAGGUAGUAAUGCACUGGAUGUGCCUCUGUUGUCCACUUGAAUGUACAAUGUAGUCAAUAUCAAUAUAUAGUGCCAUUUUCCCACCUGGUAAAGGCCAUUUUCAUGCCAGAUAUAAGCUUUAUUGAUGCUUGAUUGUAAAAAGGAAUGUGUGGAUUAUUUUAAGCUAUGUUAUAUGUUUAAAAAAUUGUGUGGAAACUGUAUGAAAGUGAAAGAUGGUAUUUCCUUAUGUCUACCUAGGCAAUAUUAGCAUUUUCAUCAUGUGUCUCAGUCACAUGAUCAUGGUUUCACUGCAUUAUGGUUAACCCCUUAUUUUUUUGUAUCUUUUAAUUGCCUAAAGACAGGCCUUCAAAACAAGGGUAGUCAAACUAGAAGUGAAAGGCUAGAAAUGCUGAUAAAAACAUGUUAUAAAUUGUUAUUAUUACAUAGAAAAUAGUAGUGGAGGCAUUACAUUGUAUAUACCUUCUAACCAAGGAGAAUUGUAUGUUCUCUGUGAUGAUUGGUAAAAGACAUUGUGUAUGAAAUCAUUCAUCCUCCACCUCUGAUUCAUGCUGGUAAGUUGGGUUACUUGUGAAGAAGAGGUUAGUACUGGUACAGAAUCCAGGAACACUAUCUAGGUUAACUGCCUUCUAUUACAUAUUUGAAAUACAUCAUAAAUCAUUACAAGUUUUUGAUACGAGAACAAUUAAUAACCGUUACUUAGCAUUGCUUCCACAUUUUAAGAGCUAUCCACUUGAAAUCUUGACUUGUUGCCCCUGAAGAUGUUCCCUAAGAUAAUAAAAUAAGAAGAAUUAAGGAAUGAGCAAGCUGUGCUGUGUUUGCCAAAUGUAUUCAAGCCAGGGCUCCUUCAACUAUGAUUACUGAAAUAACAUUUAGAUAAGCGUGUCAUAUGUAUGGGUGCUGUACACCUGGCAUGAUAAUCAACCUGAAGGAAAUAUGGCUUUGAUAUCUUGCUUUAUCAUCUUACUAAAAUUACUUUUAGUCUUCUGGAGGAGUCACCCAUAUGGAUUCCAGGUGGUGAUUGCAAAUAAGCUGAAGUACACACACAGUGAUGUCAGUGUCACAAACUGGAGCACCUCAACCAUACACAAAGUAUAAAUAGCAUCUGAUUGCAAACAAAUCAUGCUUAGCAAAAUUUUCAACCCAUGUAUGCCAUAAGUCGCAAUACAUGCAUGUAUAACAUGAACAACCUUUAACAAUAAGGAAGUGACUGUUUUUGCAGUUAAAUUUUGUUGUUUUAAAUAUAUUCAAACCUAUCAGCAUUUUAAGCUCCACUGUUCGAAGAAUAGUCCAAGCAAUUCUACUCACCCUGGCAUAGGUGUCAACAUGACACCUGGGUUAAAGUUUUGCUGACAUGUAUUUUGGGCAAAUUGUGCCCCCUUUUGGACUUAGAAAAUCCUGGUUAAUGUUUUGCAUGCAAGAAAAUUCUGGUUAAUGGUUUGCAUGCAAGUUACUAUCUCCAAAACUAAUGCAGAUUAUUGAAUUGAAAUUUCACAUGUGUCUUCGGGGUGAUAAAACUAGGUGGUAGCAUCAAGUCCUUUAACUCUGACAUGCCAAAUUAUGCCCCCCACACUUGGACUUAGAAAAUCCUGGUUAAAGUUUUGCAUGCAAGUACAUAUAGCCUUUAUUUAAGGCUUAUAUCUUUGAAAUUUAGUUUUUCUUUUUCUAGGUCAAUAACCAACCUCACAGGAUCAAGUCCUGUAACUCUGAGAUGUAUUUCGGCCAAAUUAUACCCCUUUUUGGACUUAGAAAAUCCUGGUUAAAGUCUUGCAUGCAAGUUACUAUCUCCAAAACUGAUGCAAAUACUGGAUUGAAACUCUACAGAUAUUUUAACAUUUAGGGUAAUAUUCCUGCUGCUGGGACAACAAUUCGAAUAGUCAAGCAUUGGGUGUCUUAUGGACAGCUCUUGUUCUUAUAAGUGCUUUUAUUGUGCAAUUUAGCCCUCUGAUGCAUUUAUUAUUUUAUUUUGUUAGCAGAAAAACUUAUUGUCAUUUGUUUGAAUCUCACUGUUACAUUUAAUCUCGUAACUGUAUACUGUAUGAUGAUAGUGUAUUCGGACCAGUAAGUUGUUUGACAGUUAUAUAGUUAUUUUUGCCUACAAUUCUGUCUUUGUAGUAAGACUAUCACAGUAUUAUUUAACAGUUACUGUGAAAGUUUGUUUUGUUUUCUUUGGAAAUAUUCAUAUAAUAUUCUUAUGUAAGUUAUUUUCCAAGUCAUAUGAUUUCUGUUUAAUAAUCAGAUUUAGUUAUGCAGGUAUUUUUAUAUCAGGUGGUUAUAGAUGGCUAUAAAAUACGCUUGUAAUCUGGAACCUCUGUGCUUGGAACACUUAACAGAGGCUUUUAUGUCUGAUAACUUAAAAUUUACUUCUCAUAUCCAACCUUCAGUCAUUAUUGUACAAGAUUCUGAUAUUAUUCUGUCUUGUUUUUGACACUUUUGAGCCUAUUGGUGUUGACUUUACCAGUAUUUUUAAUCAGAAAUAAAGUCAAAAGUUCUUCAAACAUAAGUUAAAUGAGAGACUUACUGUGAUAAGAAAAAUUACCAUUUACCGUAAAAUUAAUGUCCACUUCUACAAAAUACAAUUUUAUGGCUUAGAAAUGAAUGGUGAUGUUGUCUACAGUGUUACUCUUCCUGUGAGUUGCACUGUAAAGCCCAAAUCAUCAAGGGUUACCUUAAUUUCCUGACACAAUGCACAUUAAUUAUACCCCCACAAACAAAGCUUGGUGGGUAUAUAGGAGUGGGCUUGUCGGUUGGUCAGUCUGUCGGUCGGUUGGUUUUCAUGGUUUCCAGACAAUAACUGAUGAAAGGCUUGACAGAUUUAAAUAAAUUUUGGUACACAGGUGUAACAUCACAAAAUACAGGUCAAGUUUUGACUUUGCCUACAAACCACCAUUUUUGACGUAGUAAUGGCCCCUUUCCAACUUAAAAUUUGCCAUACUUCUGUGACAAGGCCGUAUUGUCGGGGUAUUAUUCGUCACUCCUGUGGCAGUUCUAGUUUGUCGGGCUGUUACAUAGAUAGUUACAUCUCAAAUUACCAUUUUUUGUUACAAUCUUGCCAUUAUUGUAUACUUACAUGUAGCUAUGUAUUUUGUUUGUACAUGAACUGUUCAAGAAAUGAUUGUAUUUUGUUGUUUCAUUGAUCAAAUGCCUGUUAUUGUAAAUAAAGCUUGGUAAUUUAAAUGUUGAA